UGAAGAGAUGCAGUGCUCUGUAUAAUACCCUCGACUCAGUUGUUCUGACUUAUUUUCAAAGCACUCUAUCAAAACAGCGGAAAGUACACUUUUACAUUUUUUUAAAUUGACACCAGCAGAACAUUAAGCGUCGCUUGGAACUAUGAGUGAGAACAGUUCUUCUGAUCUUCCCAACAGCACCCAGGGCUCCACCACCAAUGAAAAAGCCCCUCAGGAGAAAGCGACGGACAACGCGGGAAAGCCCCCCACGCAAGCCCCUGAAGAAGAGAUCGACAUCGAUCUGGAGGCCCCCGAGACCGAGAAAGCAGCGCUGGCAAUACAGAAUCAGUUCAGACGCUUCCAGAAGAAAAAGAAGUAAAGGAUGAAAAAGAGUUUGGAGUGUGGAGGACCAAAACGGCUUCCACAACGUUCUGUACAGAAAGAGAGUUAAUAGGGCGGAGACAGAGGAGAGGGGAAAGUCAAGCGUGGGUGGGAAAUUAGGGGGCUUGAAAACAAAUGAAAGGCCUUUGGCAUCAACACGCUGGGCUGAUUAGAGUUUAGGAGAUAAGAAUAGAGAAGACAGGAUUUUCACUUUAAUACACAUCUUUUAUCUUCGCUUCUCUUUGUAUUCAUCUCUCUGCUUUCCUCUCCUCUUCAUAGACAUUAAUAUAGCUGGAAUGUUGGGUUUGGUCUUAUGCAUCCAUCAAGUAUAAUUUAAUAGCAAACGUUAUAAGUGAUGUAAGCGUAACAAAUCAAAGGCCGAAAAUGACCAAAUGUUGUAAGAUUGAUGAAUAGAUGAAAUAGGUUAAUUGAACUGAAUUCAUCAACGGCAGAUAAAGCACAAGUUGUUUAUUUGACAACAGUACACAAGAUUCAAAAUAACUUAACUAAAUGAACUUAUCAAUUAUCUUAUUUAUUUAUUUAUUUAUUUUAGUCAUAUCUUUAUUGACAUCUUGGACAGGAUUUCAUUAUAGACUUGUCAUGUUCAAGGUUUACUGGCAAACUUUGCCCAUUUUCAACCGUAAUUUACAUAACUAAGAACCUUUUUAAGAUAUUAUACUCACUUAAAUGUUAUUUAUUUUAAAUUGUAUUUUUUCUUUAUUGCCAAAGGUCUCAUGCAUUCAAUUUAUUGCUUCUUCAAUAGAAAAGCACAAGAAGAUUAAAUGAUGAAGAUGAUUCAAUCAAGAAAGUGUCACAUUUUGAUCUAUUUUAAGCGUCUCUUUCUCCUUCAACUAUAAUUAAAACAGUCUCCAAAGAUGUCUGAGAAUAGCACAAAAUAAUGAGAGCGCUCUAUAGACACUUAUCUCAGAGUUAAUGGGACGUCUGUAAUUGCAUUGAGACAGGUGGGAUAAAUACAACUCAAACAGUCAAAAUGAGUCUCUGUGUUAUUCUGUUAAUGUAGUAUUAAUGUUGUAUUAAGUAUGGAACAUUUACUGUCUAACAUACACAUUGUCUUGUACUGUACCUCUAUGUUUGUGUUUGUGUGUGUGUGCUUGGGUGAUCGAACCCACACAUGUUUUUUUGUCAGUGUGACUCAGUCUAAAACAUAUACUUCCACAAAAAAAACCUGAAUGUUAUGUCCCGAGGGCAGUAAGCAGUUACAUAAAGUAAAGUGCAUUAUAUAACAUUGCCUUUUUAUCAAAAGUAUGCUAUGUGCACAAAUGUAUAUUAUUUUUAACCCACAAUUUGAGUCAGACAGUAGAGUGUGCAGUGGUGCGUUACGUAAAAACGUGUUUGAGUUGGUCAUCUAAAGGGUAAAAAAAGAGAAAUUACUAGACGCUCCCACUCACUUCCAUCUAUUUAUAACCGUGAAUGGCGACCUCUGCAUGGUCAAACUGAGAAGAAGAACAUAGAGAAGUGACAGAUGAACUUUAAGGGGCAAUUCCAACGUUAUGGACGUGACAUGUUGAGUUAUGGAGGUGACAUAAAAAUACUCAGAGAAUGAAUUUGUUUCCAUUAUAUUGAACCAUCUUUUUAUAUUUUACUGAACCCUUGUUGACAGAGUCCAAAUAUAAAAAAAAAAAUGUCAGUCUAUGAAAAAAUAUAUUUAAAAAGAGGGAAAUAAAUAUGCGUUAUGGCUGUGACAAAAAAAGGAUGCGUUUUUUGGUAGACGAUAAACUUUGUAGGAUUUCUGUGCACAAUCCUGAAGCAAUAAUACUCAAUGAAUGGAGAAGGGAUGCCUCUUUAUAGACAUAAAAUAGUUACUUUAUAUUAAUUUUCAUGUGUGCAUUGAUGAGGAAUAUGUAGCGUCAUGGAUGUGACUAUCCUAAAAAUGGCACUAACAUGACUAUGAAAAAUCAUGUAAUAAAAAUAAAACAAACGCUUUACAAAUUUGAUCUCACAUGGGUAUUUGAACAAGCAAAUGUUCAAAUCUGUGCUGUUACCAUAGCAAAACCACCUGGUAAAAACUAACAAAAAAAACUUUUUGUGGUAUGGUUGACAUUUUCUGUGAAUUGCUCUAAGCGUAAAAGAGAUUUGAGGAAUGAAAAAUUUGGGCAACUAUUUAAAAAAAUGUAAAUGGGCAAUCG